UAAAUAUAAUUGAUAGUCUCACAACAAUGACCCUGAUAUGGACUUAUAUAGAAAUAUAAUGAUGAUAAUAAUAAAAAGUGCAGUGGGAGAAACGAACUGUUAUUGAAACAGAAAACGUACAUUAUUAGGUAUAUAUUAUUUUUGUUGUUACAAUUUUAUAUAUGUCUGUUAAACAAUUUGUUUAUUUUGAAUUGAGACGGUUUUCAGUGUUGAGUGUUGAGAGUGCAUUUAUAAAUAAUAAUUUACAGACUACUUAACGACGUCUAUAAACAAUUUCUAAAAAUAUCAACUACUUACAAAUUUUAAAGUGUUUUUAAAAAGUGUGUUAAAAUUUUACGAGUGAUUGUUACUAUAUAGUGUGGAUUUUUUUCAAAAAGUGUAUUAAAAUUGAUCAACCUUUUUCCGCUUCAAGGUAGAUAAAUCAGCAUCAAAAUGCCUGAAACGGUAACGGAACAUGUCGUUAUGACACCAAAAUGUAAAACGGAAAAUUCCACAACAUUAAUUAUUGAAAGGCGAGCAGUAGAAAAAACAAGUGAUAAAAUGCAUGUGGCUGGCGGAGAUCAUACGGGAAUUGUGAUUAAUAAAGAAACUGUUGUGGAAAAUGGAGACGCAUCACCUGCACAAUUAUCAUUGGAAUUCCGAGUGUUCCUUGUCAGCACACAAACUGGUAAACACAAACAAGAAGCACGUACAUUACGAUUUUGGUUUAAACCAUCAUUAUUGGAAUCAGAACAGCCUUCAGUCGCACAAGAAUUCUUCCGUGAAUUAGUUAGUCCACAAGAAUUUCCACGAGAUUAUGUGGGAUUUAUUAAAAAAAUUAUGAAACUAAUGCAACAUCGAUAUGAAUCUCUGAAGAAAAUUGAAAUUGAAUUAAAACAAUUGGACGAUGUAGAAGAACCUCCAAAUAGACCACCUCGACCUGGCUACCUCUACAUUAUCAUAGGUCCUCCUUCUCCGACCACAUUACAAGCAUCUGCUGAUGACAAUAAUGAAGGUCAAAUUGUGGAACUUACAUUGGAAAAAGUUUUGGAGCUUCUUGAAUCUGCAUAUCCCAAUCCAAUAACUAUACAAGAUUUGGCAAAUGAUAAUAAUUGGGAUGAAACAGAAGUAACCAACAUUUUAGCAGAACUGACAUCCCGCGGUUUGGUAAAAUCUUUGGAAAAUGGUAUUGCAUUUACACGCGCACAACAAGAAGCUGAUCAAGCUGUUACAAUUGUUAAACAAAUGCCAACAAUGGCGAGUGGAAAACAACCAACAAUUGCUAUAAUUACCGCACAAUAUUGUGAGAAGGUUGCUGUUGAUGCAAUGAUUGAAAACAAGGAGACAUUUGUACGUUACACAACUGUCGGUAGUUCUCCGAAUAGUCCUGAUGGUGAUACUAAUACAAUUCGACGUACACGAUAUUUUGGUGAAUCGAACGUUUACACCUUGGGUAAUAUUGGUGCACAUCGUGUUGUUAGUACAAAACUACCCACGGUUGGACAUAGUCGUGAAGCUAUGAUUGCUGCAGGAAAUACAACUACCCGAUUAUUGGGUACAUUCCAACGAGUUGAUUUUGUACUAUUAGUUGGAGUAGCUGGCGGUGUACCACAUUAUACGGAUUAUUCGAAACAUGUACGGCUAGGUGACGUUGUUGUAUCAGCGGCGUCUGAAAAUAAAGAUAAGAAAUACGUCUACGUGUAUUGUAAUAACGCUCGAAAAGCUGAAAAUAACUACGAGUUUGAAUUAAAACCAUAUUCGCCAGCAAGUGAUAUUUUACAAACAUUAGCAAAACAAUUAAAAUUAGCUUCCGAAGAGAAUGGUGCACCACCACCAUGGUUGGAUUAUUUAUCAGAUGGUUUACAAAAGUUACAAGCAAACAAUGCUGAAACAGAUUUCAAAGCACCACCUGUAGAGUCUGAUAAAUUGUAUAUGUCUAUUGGAGAACGUGAUCUUAUUGAAGUUGCUCAUCCUGUACCUUCUGACAGUUCAGUUAAAAGGUAUGAAGGUUGUCCUAGAAUACAUCUUGCACCAAUAGCAUCCGGGCGAAAAAUCACACGAGAUGAUCAAUUACGUCAACAUUUUUCGGUAAAAACAGGUGCAUUGGCAUUUGAUGGUGAAUUUGACACAGUCAUUGAAUCCAUACUUGGUAAUUGUCGUGAUAAUUUUGUGUGUAUUCGUGGUAUUGCUGAUUACAAAGAUGGUUCAAGGCGUAAAGAAUGGCAACCGUAUGCAUCAUUAGCAGCAGCUAGCGUUAUGAAAGCUAUUAUUUGUGGGAUGGAUGCACCGACAAAUGUUUAAUUUUUAGAAAAUCGAAAACAUUUUAUUUUUUCUCUAAUCUGCGUUUAAACUAAAUCUGAUAGAAUUUUUAUAAUUUUAUUUUAUUGAAUCACUGGAUAUUUGGAACCACAUACUUAACGCACACUUAACGAUAUGGUUUAUUUUUUAUAUUGGUAGCAUUCCAUUCUCCUCAUAUAAUAAAUCUUAUAUUUAUAUUUUUAAAAAUCUUCCAAUACUAUUCCAUUAAUUUAACCUUCUUCAAACGCUACAUCUCACUCAUAAGCUCACUUUUUUCUUAAAACUAAUCCAUUUUUAACGAAUGGAUUAAAAAUGUUUGGUGCAAUUCGCGUUUAUUAUAAACAUAU